AUGGAGAGUGCUCCCCUUCGGCACAACCUGCAGUUCCUGCUGUGCCACAUAUGCACUCCAAAAACAUCUUGGACCAGACUCAGCCUGGUGGUGCAGUCAGGUAGUACGUACAUAGACAAAUGCCUGCAGAGUGUAGCUUCCAAAGAGAAUGCCAAAGCCCUGGUGGACCAGCUACAGACACAUUUGGCCAACGGUGGCUUUAGCAGUGGCAGUGGGCAAGUAACUGCCCUGAUACCUGUUGCAACAAUCCUUGCAGGUCACACUUGGAGCCCAGCUGGUGACAGAGAAGAUGCUGAGGACAUUAAAUCCGGUGUGAUCUGCGGUGAGUCCAAAAUGAUAAUAGGGGUUGAGAAGUAUAAGUAUCGUAGAGUCCAUAAGGGGGAUUUCCGGAUCAAUGAUGCCACCAGCGCCGCCUGCCGCCUCAGAUCCAACAGCACUCACUUCUUCGCUGAAGUCCCCCUCAACGGUUGUGGCACUCAGAUCAAGGAAAAUGGUGAAAACCUAAUUUUCACGAAUACAAUCACCUUAGUCGACAACGCAAACGACGUGAUCACCAGGAAAUGUCUGCUGGAGCUGAAGUUCGAAUGCACGUACCCCAAAAGUGUAAAAGUGAAACAGAGCUUCAGUGCACACAGGAAGAAUGUCGUAGAGUCGGAGAAAGGCCUCGGCACGUUCACCUACAAGUUUGAAUUUUAUCCUGAUAAGAAAUUCCAAACACCGCUUACACCAGAUUCAUACCCUCUGGACUGUGAUAGUGAGCAAAAGCUUUUCAUGCAGAUAGAGGUCGCAACCUCAAUUGUAAACACCGAGCUUUUUGUGGAGUCCUGCAGUGCGUCACCAUACGACAUUCCAAACUACGAGACAACCUACUCCAUCAUUGAUAAAGGGUGUAAAGUGGACCCGACUGUUAUAAAUUAUAGCCGCGCCCACGACACAAAAUUCAGGUUCAGCAUGGAUGCCUUCAAGUUUAUCGGCUUGGAUGACCAGGUGUACAUCAGCUGUUCAGUCAUGAUCUGUAGAUUAGGAAGAUCUGACACAAGGUGCUCGCAGGGAUGCAUCAAUUCCAGAAAACGACGAGAUGAUCAGCAACAUCACCUCACAAAGAGAGAGGUUGUCACUCAGAGUUCAAGGCACUUCAUUUCCCAGGGUCCUCUGCGCUUAAGGAGAUCAGCAGAGAGCCCCAGAAGCCCAGUGAUCAACCUAAAUCUGAACCUGUUUUUCAUCGCUGGAUGUCUCCUUGCAGCCGUUGGCAUGAUCAGUGCCGUGGUCAUCUACAAAGCCAAAAUAUCAAGGGUUAAAUACCAACCUUUGCCCGCAUUUGAAAGUUAAGACAGCAGCGUGUGCAGGAUACCAAUCACGUAUUAACUACAUUUGACUACA